CUACGCACCAUCAGCUUGGUGACGCAGAUUUUAUGUUGCAGUAUCACCACCAUUUGCCUGGCUCUGCGCCUCUUCGUCGCAUUCCAGAUCAAGCGACAUUUCAACAUUGAAGACGCAUUUUGCUUCUUGUCUUGGGCCCUCUUCUUCACUUAUUGCAUCUGCAACAUAUUAUGUGGGCUCUUCCUCACUCCUCACGCUAAAGUCUCAUCAACUAAUCAACUGGCAAUCUUCUACUAUGUCCUGACUGUGAUCUACGCACCCAUGGUGCUAGCGGUCAAAAUCACGCUGCUCUCAAUCCUGGCGCGAAUCUUCACUAUCCGCCAGGUGCAAGUUGUCAGCGUUUACUCGGUACUGGUUGUGACUGUCGUCUAUUACACAACCAUCUUCUUCAUCAAGGUUUUCAUCUGUCUUCCGGUGUCGUAUUUCUGGACCCAUUCCGACCAGGAAGAUCAGUGCCUGGACAAAACAGCCGUAAUCGUGGCCGAUGCGAUCAUGAGCAUUGCGACCGAUCUAGCGAUCAUCCUGCUCCCGGCAUUCCUGACUACCACGCUGAACCUCUCCCACGUCAAGAAGCUGAGGGCUUCCUUGAUGAUGGGCUGCGGAGGAUUGGCGAUUGGGUUCAGUAUCUAUCGCCUUGUGCUUGUCAUUCAUGAAAGAGACAAUCUCGAUUCGAGCGUUGUCUACUUGAAAGUACUCUUGUCCGGAAACGCUGAGGGCGGAUUCGCCCUCAUCUGCUCCUGUAUCCCUGCGUUAAACAUUCUGGUCAGCCGU